AUGCUGUCAACCGGGAAUGGAAGACCUCCAGUUGUUGCCCAGGAGGGAGUGCCAGAAACUCUUUCCGUACCCGAUGUGUUGGGAAGUAUCCUAGCAGGACAGAAUGUCUUACUGAUGGACAGUUCUGAUGUUGUCAUCAAUAGGGAUGGAAGCCUAAAGCCUAAAGAUGGAGGGCAACCUGUAAAAUCAACAUCAAGUAACAACAAAACUGGUGAGGCAUCGAAUAGAUGUUCAUCAACAAGUGCUUGCAUCUCAGGGAUCUCUGUAAGCGCCUUGAAAGAGAAUCAGGAAACUGCUGGUCUUGUAACUAAUACUGCAAAACAUGUCUUGGGUACGUUGCCAUCUACAUCUGGUUUAGCAUCCAAGCCAAGGCCACAAAUGGCAUCCAGCAAUCUAAGACCUGCCUUUUCGGGAACGUUUACUCCAAUGCCUGAAAUAUCAGUUGGUCCUGUGCCCGGUGAAUCGGUUACUUUGCUCAAUACACAAAGGACAGGAGCAUUUAAUAAAAGUGUUGGGGACGGUCAAAAGAGUACCAGUGGCUUCACACCUUUUAAAUGGUUGAAUAGCGCCUCCAAUUUGCUCUUCAAAAACAAUAUGGGCUCUCUGAACAGAGUUCCACCGAAACCACCUGUUAGGAGGCUUGAUAUAUCAGAAUUUCCUAGGAUACCAAAGAUCAAGAACCAAACUGGUACUUCAAGCUUUCAAACUGGUAACAAGCAAAGCAAUGGAAUACCUCGAGCCUGUAUCAGCAGACUUGCAGGUAAUGACCAGAAUAGCCAGGCUACAAAGCCAAUGGAUUUGGGAAAUAGUGAAAAGGAUAUUGAAAGACCUGUCCAGCAAAGGCAUCAAUCUUCCAGCAUCACAGGUUCGACUGGCUGCUCAAGUACUUUCCAAGAAAAACACCAAGCUCAGGACUUGGUUUCCAGCUCAUCUGGUCAGGGUUGUACAAAAGUGACAAGUAGUACUGGUCACUUGACUAGUCUGCCAAAGUUGGAUGCCUAUGACCCAUUUGAACCCACAGAUGAUGAAGUUCAGCAUUGUAGCAAAAGCGGCAAAAAUACUUCACGAUUGAAACGCAACAUAAAAAAAGAGAUAGAUGAGAUAUAUGAUCCAUUUGAACCCACUGGUUCUGAUCCAUCUUCAUCAAAUUCUACUCCUGAUAGGUGUGAGUCAAGAUCUGGAGGCAAAUCCCCAGUGCCCAGCCCUGGUAAUGAUAUUUCUGAAGGAAAUGAACACACAACUAAUACAUUAAGCCUUUAUUUUAAUGUUGAUACUACACAGCUAUCUUGCACACAGCAAACGGAGCCUUAUAAAAUCAAAACUGAAGGUCUAACAUCAGAGAAACCAACUGACAAUCCCGAUGGCUGUAAAUCUUUUACUGCACCUUCUUUGACCUCUGGAGAAGAAGGUAUUAGUGAAUCUCAGGCUAAUAUUGAGGACAAAGAUAUAAAAUUGUAUGUAGAAUCUGACAUGAGAAAGUGGGGCAGUGAACGCACCAAACAAGCAUAUUGCAACUUUUCAACAUCUAAUGACAAACAGUCUGAACAACAGACAAUAAAUACAGACAGUGAUGGCAUUAAUUCUUGUGUAGGCUCUGAAGAGGGUACUUUACAAGUUGUCACCAAAAUUGUUCCCACUUGUGUGCGAACUGAUGCAGAUACUUCUUCAGAAAAUGAGCUAAGAAAAACAGUGAAUAAAAAAGCCCACUCCAAAUCAAAGGCUCACUCAAGAUCACGAUCAAGAUCGCGUUCCCACAGCCAACACAAAUGUAAGAGCUCAGUCUCUGAAGAACACAAAGGCUACAGGUCAAGGUCAAGGUCAAAGGAACGGAAGAAGUUAAGGUCCCACUCAAGGGAACGACGGAGAUCAAAAUCUCGGUCAAGGUCUCGCUCCAGCAGCUCCGAGAAGUUUAAAAGGCAAAAGCCCAAACAAGAUAGGAGCAAAGAAAAAAGAGGAAGACGUUCCAGAUCAAGAUCUCGAGAGAGGAGGUCAGGUAGUUCCUCCUCUGGGACAUCUACAGACAGUCACAAGCGAAGAAGGAGAAUACCAGGAUCAAGGGAUCACAAAGGCUUCUCCAGGCACUCUUGGAGCAGCAGUGAGAAAGGAAAGAGGAAGCUGUACCGACGAGAACAGUAUGAUAGACGAAGCAGACGGUCAACCUCUUGGUCCAGGGAGAGAAGGCGCUCAAGAUCAUGGUCAAGGUCCAGAGAUAAGAAAAAAGCAUGGCCUAGAUCUAGGGAGAAGGUAAGGUCCUGGUCUAGGUCAAGUUCUAGAGAAAGGAGGUCAUGGUCUAGGUCCAGCUCUCGAGACAAGAGAAGAUCACGGACAAGAUCAAGUUCCAGAGAGAAGAGAAAAUCAGCCAGGUCUAGGGAAAAGAAAAGAUCGAAGACUCGAUCCAGAUCUAGGGAAAGGAGAAAGCCAAGACCUCGAUCAAGAACCCGUUCCAGGUCUAAAGAUCAGAGUAGAUCAAGAUCAAGAGAUAGGUGCUCGCAAUCAAAAUGCCAAUUCCCAGAAGUAGAUAGAAAACAAACUUUCUUUCAAGAUAAAGUAAAAUUUGGUGAGAAGGAUCAAGUGCAAAAGAAAAUUUCAACUUGCAGAGAUAAUGAGCCUUUGGAGAGGGAAGCUUCAGUAAAUAAAUUGCUUAUUUCUUGUGAGUCUCAAAAUUUUCAGGGAAGUAACUUUAUACCAGCUAUUCAGAGCUCAUCCUGUUCAGUAGCCAUUAAAGAGGAACCAGCACCAUACAUUGACAGUACACAGGAAGAAGAAGAACACAAAGAACUACUUGAUCAAAACAAGGACUCCAGCUGUAAAAGUGAGAGCUUAGAAGAAACUAUUGCUGAUGUUUCCGUUGGAGUUGACCACGUUUGGGAAAGCAUUAGCUCUUGCACAAGCCAGGCUGAUACAGUAAUGAAAAGUUCCAAUAUUGUACCUGAGUUUCUACAAGUUAAAAGUCCUUGUUACCAAGUGUCUGCUGUUACAGAUGAGGUUUCUAUUCCCUUAAUAUGCCUUGGCAAACAGGAGGAGAUUCCACUCUUGUCAGUAAAUGAAGAAACAGCCUUGAGACCUGAAGCUGAACCAUCUCAAAAUCAUUCACCGGCUAAACCUGAUACACUUCUAUCUGUAACAGAGAAUUCCACCACUGCAGAUUCAGUGGUAUCUGUAGAAAACCCAGAAGAAUCAGCAGACAUGAGUACAGUUGAGCAACAACAAAACUCCAGCACACUUGUUAAUGAAGCAGUAACUUUGUUUAAAAACGAACACUUCGACAGUGCAACAGGUACCUGCUCCCAGAAGAAUGAAGCAAAUCAUGAGACUAUGUCGGCUAGCUCUGGUUCAAACAGUUUAACUAAGCAAGAGGAAGCACAGAGUGAUGUGAUUGAAAAUGACUCCUUGGAGACAAAGCCAGAAUCAAUGAAAACAGAGAGCAAUAAGGACUACAAGGAAAUUCCACUGUUGGAAUCAACAGAGUCUGUAAAAGCGAAGACCGCAAGUGAAACUAGUUCCCAAAGCACUGGAGUGAAAACUAAACCCCUUGUCAAGAGAGUUACUUGGAACCUGGAGACAGAGGAGAAGGAUGAGGCAUCCUCUGGGAGGCCUGCAAGGACACCGUUCUCCUACAGGGUGCACAGAUUUAAUAAAGAAAGCAUGUGGAAAGCUCCAGAAACAAGUCAACCACCAAAUCAGGUGCCGAUGUUCCAGCCUCCAGCAGCAAAUUUUAUGAUCCCUCCACCAAUUUUCCCUGGUCUGUUUCCGCCUCAGGCAUUUAACCAAGUCAACAUGCCACCACCUUUCAUGCCACCUUUCCCACCGUUGCAUCCACCUCCCUAUGCGCCAGUCAGCCAGCCUACAGUUCCAUAUAUUGUGCCAGGGAAUAUCCCGCUGAUUGGCUCCACUGCUGUGCCUCCAUUACUCCCACAGCCCACUUACCAAACUGCUGCACCUAUCCCUGCUCCUAUUCCUCCUCCUGCUGCUGCUCCAGUUCCUACUCCUGUUAUUUCGAAUUUGGCUGCUGAAACACAAGUGGUGCAAACCGAAGGAAACUUGGACACCGAUAACAAAUCUUCCGAAGACAAAGCUCAAAAUGAGAUUUAUAUAAAGAAACUUCAUGUGCAAGAGAGGGCUGUUGAAGAAGCCAAAUUAGCACUAAAACCCUAUUACCAGAAUAAAGAGAUCACCAAAGAAGAGUAUAAAGAGAUUCUACGGAAAGCAGUGCAAAAGAUCUGCCACAGCAAGAGUGGUGAAAUUAAUCCAGUCAAAGUUGCUAACCUUGUGAAAGGUUAUGUGGAGAAAUACAAACACAUCAGGAAAUACAAGAAAGGAGCAGAAGGAGAAAGCAGCAAAGAAACAGAGGCAAAGCCAGAAGCAAGCUGAAUGUGUGAAACCUACAAAGACAAUACCCUCUUUGGUUCAUUGUACGGUUUCUCCUGUGAAUGUGGAGAACACUCCGAGACCAAUUAUAACAGGGCAAUGUUGACUGCAGCACCGAGACACUUUAUAUUUCAUGGUUUCGUCAGUCAAUGUAUAAAUGCGCCUGGGAGAAAGGAAAAAAAAGAGGCCAGAAGAUCUUCAACUGGAACCUUCCUGCCCAUUGUCUUUUCUUUUGUACAAUAGAACACAAUUUCACACUGUGACUGUCUUUCCUGCCAUGAAUCCGAUUUAUAGACAUUGUUUGCCUUUAGCAUAAUGUUCCUUUCCUUAAGAUCAAUUGAAUACUUGAAGCUCUGUUUAGUCAGUCUGAUUGUGCCUGAUACAAGGUAAAAGUCUAAAUAAUUCGGGUUUAUAAAACAUUAGCCACUUUUUUCAAACAGUCUAUUUUUAGGUUACUCGUUUCUGGUUAAAUCAUAACAUCUUGGCUUAUCAAAAUUUGCUAAAGAUCAUCAACGCUCUAAACUGCUUGUCAUAAGUUAUAAUUUAAAAGCCAUAUUUGCAUCUUUUAUUGCUGUAAAUAAUAUUCAAAUAAUUCAUUUGUUAGAGAAAUGGAGUGUUUUUUUCCUCUCCCCAAUAUGAAUAAUUAUAGGUUUGUGAUGAUAAAAUGCAUUGUAAAUGGUACGUUGGGUUCAUUCUUUCUGUUUUCAUUGUGCUUAAACAACCCAACUAAGAUUAGAAUAACAAUGCAUAGAAACUUCUUGCUUAAAUACUCAUCCUGAUUAAUCAAAUUGGUCAGCCUUUUGGACACCUGUGGUUCUUGCAAACUAGAACAUUGUGCUGGGACUUCAGAUUUCGGUAACAUUAAGAGCAGCAGGAGACUAUUCAGCUCCUCAAGCCUGUUACUUAGAAACAGGAAAGGAUCAUUCAGCUCCUCAAGCAGGAGAGGGUGAAGGCCAUUAAUGUCACACACAACAACGAUGAAAUUAUCUCAAUCCUGAAGUCUCCAAUUAUUGCACAACUUUCACAGUCUACUGGGGAGAGAUUUUCCAGAUUUCCGCUACUCUUAUCAUGUUACCUGAAUAUAGUAAUUUAUUUUAUUAUUUCAGCAUGCAGUAAUUUCGUCUCCACCCUAAGUUGCCCUGGCAAUGAAGUGGCUUGUCGUGCAUAUUGUGUGGGACUGGAGUUGGCUGUAGGUUCUGGUUAACAUGGGAUGAUAAUUUUCCCUUUCCUGAAGGGCAUUUCGUAACUAAAGCAAAGUACUGCAGAUUCUGCAAAUCUGAAAUAAAACCAGAAAAUUCUGUAAAUAAUCAAGCCUGGCAGUGUUAGUGGAGAGAAAGAAACAGUUCACAUUUCAGGUUGAUCACCUUUCAUUGAUAAUUGCUCAAAUUCAUGGUUAUUGUCAGCGUACUGGUCAAUAAAUUGCCUGUUGUAUUUACAAUUGACAAAACAAAUGGAAUUGUUUUGCCAACUGUAUUUACUAUAAACUUUCAACUGGUCCUGAAUUCUACUCCUUCCACCUCCCUGCCUAUUUCCAAUAUGCCUAUUGGCUUAGCUCCUGCCAACAUGCACUGGUUCUCCAAGCCUAACACAUCUAUUUCAUCCUUAAGGCUCAAACACAUUGUUGCUCUAAAUCUAAAUUCUGUGCAUCCUAAUCACCUUGCCUAUUUAGCUGGUUCUGAUAGGGAUUCUGUGUUAACUUCGUCAUUAUCUACUCUGUACCCAUUUCCACUCCUCUGUCAAGGCCCUGGAUUCAUUUUUAUUAUUCACAAUGCCUUAUUAAUGGGAAUUGACUGUAUUGUCCACAUCACAGAACAUUUGGCAUGGUUUAAGUUUGCCUUUGGACAUGAGUUUUUUUAAGCCAUUUUCCAUCUUUUUAAAGAGAAAACAGGAUUAGUCUGUUUAACUGUGUUAGUACAUUUGCAAACCUUUUCAUAUUGCUUAAACAAAAGAUUAUUUUAAAGAGACAUAAAAUCAAACGUGACAAGGGACUAUCCUUUGAAUUGUCCUUGUGUUAAACUGAUCCCUGAAAGCUUUAGACCCAUUGAAAACACUUUCUCUGAACACAGUGUGGAAGUUAAAUUGUUUUGAACAUGCAUUACAUUUUCUAAUUUUUCACAUUUAAAUUCAAAUGAUUUUAAUUCAGGUGUAACUGAGAGGUAAGGUGAGAAUGAAUGUUCCAUCUAGUCAUGGAGAAUUCAAGGGGCAAGACAUCUAAUCAGGCUCUCUUUUUGUUUAUUUAUCAAAUAUAUAUUUUUCUCUCGCUUUAUUGAAGAUAGAUUAAAAGAUGCUGUGUACCUGCCAGUACAAUAGCUAGGUGCCUAAUUCUACAGGGUCUGUUCCUGAUUUGUCCAGAGUUAGCUGAACUCAAUUAGCGCUUUCUGUGUCUGAGAUUAAUUUCACUGAUCAGGCAGGCAAAAAAUAAACAGGUCCAAGAUUCUGUUCCUGAUUAGUGGGUGAGGACAAGAGUCAGAAUCAGUUGCGACUGAAUAGCUGAUCAACACCCAUCGUCUAGGUGAAGAAUGUGACUUGACAACCAUAUGUAGGGAACAAUCCCACAAUGAGUGGAGAGCUGUGAAGUGAUCCUAGAACAAUAGUUGAUUGCUUGCCAUAUCCAACAGUAAUAAAUUAGUUAUUACAUAUGCAUAAUUGAUUGCAUUCAAAUCUCUGCGGGAGAUCCUGCUGAGGCUGUGCAGUGCUCUUAUUUUCAUUGAUGGAAUCUACUGUGUAUAGUUUUGACAAGUGGAAUGUGAAAACAAAUCCCUAAACUUUAGAGAUGCUGCAACACACUGACUGAUCCUGGGAGUUGUCUAAAUGAACUAUGAGAAAUAACCACACUAAUUGACUUCCCCUCAGGAGCUGAAAGUUCUUUUGUAUGUUUACGGAUUUACCAGCAUUGAGUGAUGAGGUUUUGGGUCUUUUGAGUUUUUUUUUAACAUGCAUUUUUAAGAAAAAGCCUUUCUUAGCAAGCUUUCAAUUCAUGAGUGUGUCACAUCAGCAGGAACAUAUUACAGUCAAUUAGGAACAAGGGACUUCAACAGCAGUCUUUAUAAACGCUUCUGAGUAAGUUAUAUUCAAUUUUUAGACAUCCUUGAUGAGAUUCUAAUUCUUUUCAAAGAAUUUUAACAGGCUUGGAAUUUGCUUUCCUAUUUCCACUUGGAUGCAUUAGUAAAAUCACAUAAUGGACAAUUGAGGCAUUUAAAAUUUUUACUUUAAUUUUUCUGACAGAUUCAUCGCUGACUGCUUAGGAUUUAGCCACUGUGUGUGAAGACAAAGUUUUUAAGUAGAAUUUUCAAGGCGAACUGAGUUUACUCUUUAUUGAUAAAUGAUUUGAAUUAAAUGUCAAAAAAGUGUUGAUUUCAAUUUCCAACAGCUGUUUACACAGAAAUCAAUUACAAAUCUUUGUGUCCUAUUCUGGUUUUUUUUUUUGGAUAUUCAGUGUCUGGAUGAAGACAUUGUUGAGAAGGCUGGCAGUCUGUUCUGCCUGUUUCUGGUUUCCCUGAGAGGUUGUUGGUGAGCUACCUCAAUCUGUUGCUUUGUAGCAGUUUCAUGCAGCUGAGUUCCUUGCAGGAAGUAGUGAUAAUGUGGAAUGGAGUAAUGUAGAUGUCUUUACAAAAAGAAUAUUUAUAGUAAUGCCAUUAAGACAAAAUAUCCCAAGGUGCUUCUCGAGAGUGGUUAGUGAGAAUGAGUCACAUAAUGAGACAUUAGUGCACGUAGCCAAAAGCUUGAUCGCUGAUAGCAAGUUUAGUUUGAUGUCCCUGUUUUAUACUCGAAUAUUCUAACUUUUCAAAAACUACAACAGAAUGUAGCCAUUUACCUGCCAUUUACAACUCCCCACCCCUCCCCAAUUUAUCUACUGUUCUUUGAGUAAAAAUAAUUACAGAUCUUGCCAGUGCUAAAUUUCUGCCCUUUAAUUCAUACCAGAUUUUGUCCAAAGUAGAGGGUUGAAUUUCCCAAAUUGUUAAUUACAGAGACUUAGUGGGCAUGCAGUCUGUUGCUGCAAAUUCCCAUUUUAAGGCCUCUAUUUUGGCUGCAGCUGCCUCUCUUUGCGUUUUGAGUGCUGACUUAGUACAGUCCUAGGUUUUUGUCACUAUUUUCGGCACAGAGUGAAGGUCACUGGAGAACACUUGCUGUAGUGGUGCAACUUGAUACAUCAAAGCAUUUAAUCACAUCCGCGCUGCAUCAGCUUUUUAGUGACAUGUUAGAGGAAAGGUUCAAAAUAUUCUGCUGGAAAAGCUGAAACUUCUUUCUAAAAAGCAAAAUUUGUCCUUGUACAGCCAGGAAUUAUAGACUGUUGUGUGAUCAUUUUGAAGGUUGAGAUAUGACUGGAGAUUGCAACAUGAAUUCCUUGUUGACCGAUGUGUUUAAUCCAAGGGAUAAAAAGCUGAACUCAUUGAAGUUGUUGAAUUGUUAUCAAACAUAACUGGUUCAUUGAUAUCUUUUUAGAAACACAUGCUUACAUUUCUGUAAUGCAUUUCACAACCUCAGGAUGUCCUAAAAUGUUUUGCUGGUAAUCAAGUACUUUCGAAGUCAUGUUUGUAAUAAAGAAAACUCAUUCAAUUUACGCAAUCAAAUCCCAAAAGCAAAUCCAGCAAGCAACAAUGAGAUGUUACCAGAUAAUCUAUUCUAAUGAUGUUGGUCGAGGGGAAAGUAUCAGUAGGAACAUGGAGAAGAUCAUGCCCUCCUUAGAGAGAGUAAUCAUAGACAAAGGAACAGAAGUAGGCCUUUUGGCUCAACUCUGCCACUCCAUUCCACAAGAUCUCGGCCUCGGCUGGUCUCAUAAUCCUCAGCCUCAUUUUCCUGCCUUUUCCCCAUAACUGUAGAUUCUCUCUUUGAGUAAAAAUCUCUAUCUCAGCAUUGAACAUCAUUAAUGAUCCAUCUCCUGCAGCUCUCUGUGGUAAAAGAAAAUUUCGCAGGCUUCUUCAUCUCUGUUUUAAAUGGGUGACCGCUUAAUCUGAGAUUGUGCUCUCUGGUUCCACAAGGGGAAAUGAUCUCUGAGCACCUACCCUGUCAAACCCCCUAAGACUCUUGUGUGUUUCAAUAAGGUUGUUUCUCAUAUAAACUCCUUGUCCAAUCUACUUAACCUCUCAUAAAAUCCCUGCAUACCUGGGAUCAACCUGGUGAAGCAUUUCUGGACUGCCU